GUUACUCUCUGUGAAGACUUUCCCUGGUUAAGAGAGUGCACAAGCAGGCGUUGACUACUGACGUCUUUCUCAUUUUGUUGUGGCGCGGACUGGGCACGAAGUAAUCACCUGGGGCAAUCCACUCUGGGGCUCCCCUCCCAUCCUCCCCCACUCUUUACCCCAAAGUCCUCAUGGACUUAUCCAACCCCGGAUUUACGGUGCAUCCGGCUCAAGAUGGCCGGCAAUGGUUCAAGAAGCCGCAGUGGUUGUUUUGCUUGCAGAAAACGCAGACGCCGUUGCCCUGAAAACAAGCCAAUAUGUGCGUCGUGUUCGAAAGUGGGAACAGAAUGUAUCUAUCCGGGUUCUCAACUUUCCACCUCGGUGCAUAAUUUUAUCAUCGCCUCGUCCCCAAACCAACAGCUUCUACCAACCAGGUCCAGAAACGGCAAGUAUGGCUUUCUGAACCUUCGAUCCGAUGAAUUGGCCAGCAUCUGCCCCGAAUACCAGAGCUCUCCGACGGAUGUAGGACAUUUAGUAACUACCACCGAAACCCUUGCUCAGGGCACAAAAUUAUAUCGAGCAUUACCACCUGUCGGCGUACGACAAAUGACAUUCGAUGAAAGCGCGCUAAUUCAGUACUACGCCGAGAUCAUAGCAAGCAGUAGGGUGUAUGUUCAUAACGAAAGGAAUAACUUUCAGUCCUCUGUCAUGCCGGUCGUUCUCACCACCAAAGGUCCAUUGUUAUCUGCAGUACUAGCCUUAAGUGCUGCGGAAUGGGACAGGAAUGUUGGAACGGUGGGAAAUGACUACGGUCUGCUGUCCUCAAGCUGCAAAGUAAAAGCCAUUCAAGAACUGCAACGCGCUUUGAAUUCAGGAGCGAAUGCGGAUGAGAAUCUACUCACAUGUGUUCUGUUAGCGACACUAGAAAUUGCAGACGGGUCGCGCCCUACUUGGUUAACCCAUCUGCAAGGAGCCUUUGCUAUUCUGGAUCAGUUCAAACACCAAGUUGAUCCAAGUACAGCGCAGUUCGUCCUUACGUACUUUCGAUUCCGCUACAUCCUCAUGGAAACUACGAGACCAUCGGCAAACGGGUUGUUGCAGAGAAGAGUAUCUAACGCAGAACCAGCUGCUUUUGAAAUAUGCAGUGAGCAAUUCGAUGACUCCUUCUGGUCCACAUCGUCAUCGGAAUCAUCAAAGGAAACCGCAAAGAUUGUUGACGAGUCCCUCGGCUGUCCAACGGAGCUUGUCGAGUCUAUAGAACAAAUAGCCCGGAUUUCGUCGGCUGUUUCCGAUUCCGACACUUUCCGUGAAGACUUGUUUAUACAAGCAAAUCUCAUCGACAAGGAAGUGACCGAUAUGAAGUUCGCAAUAAGGCAAGCACAAGACGAUUACCUACUACAAAGCGCAGAAGCGUUCCGCGCAGCCAUUCAGAUCUACCUUCGACUUGUCUGUUUCGCAAUGCCAACUACUCAUCAGUCAAUCUUGACUCUCCAUAAAAGUCUGAUUGACGUUCUAUCUGAGAUCAUAAUUGAGGAUCAGAUAAGAAGGUCUUUUCCAAUGUGGCCACUCUUCAUUGCAGGAUGCGCUUGCUCAUCUGAUGAGCAGCGAAAAGCGGUUCUGGAGUUCUACACCACCGUCGAUAAGCAAUGGCCUAUUAGCAAUAUCUCGACUGUGUGGGCUGCUGUUCGUACCGUCUGGCAGUCGCGCGAUCUAUCCCCGAAUUCGUCCUCUUUGAAGCAGCGAGAUUGGCAAGACAUAAUUCACCGGUUUGGUUGGAAGUUGUCUCUCACCUGACAUCAAUUUUGCUUUCGUGGUCUUGAGUCUUACUUCUAAGCACAGAACAGUGGAGCGAGAUAAGGAAGACAAACGCUUUAUGUAGUACACCAGCCACUACGGAAGCGGUUUCUGAUGAUCAAUCGCAUUCUUCUCAAUUGGAAACCGCGAAACUACGAUACUUACGAUAUCUGUAAUGAAUAACAUACAUAAAGCCGAUUUUGAUGCAUCCUGUGCUGUUUCUCAGUGUGCUGAUGAACCGAAUGAACACUAUUCUACUUUCACAUAGCAGCAACAGUGUACCAAUCGCUUGACCCAUUCCAAUCAUGUAAUUAUUCUAGCUUCAGUUCAAUUUACCGUUGAUGAAGUUAUUUUCCGAUCAGUACAUCGCG